GGGGGAAGAUAAUGGGUGUUAAGAUAUUGUCCCUACUGUAACCAAGAUGGGCAUUUGGAAAACAUUCUGCUGGUGUUUCAGGGGGGGAAAAGGUUUUUCAGCUACAAAGCAUUUAAUACUAAUUACCUUACCUUGUUAUGCUACUUUUCUCUGAUAUAAAUUCACUGAAGAUAAUGGAGUUACUAUUGACUUAGGUUGAUGUAAAUAGGGUGAUGUCAUCUAUUCUCAGUAUCAGAAAAAGAUCUGCUUAUGGACUGUGAAAGCACCUGUAACUGAGCUCUAGAUUGUUUUGGAUUGCUUAGAAUUGGAAUUUCUACUUUCUUUAACUAUUCCCACUUCAUGGGCAUUGGAAGAUGUUCCCUUUAUUCUGAGUAUCAAACGCACAAAGCACUAAGCAGCUCGUAUCGAGCUUGAGUUAAACCUGAACACCUUGUUCCUGCCAAACUUUGUAGGAAAACUGCUGGAGCAAGGAGCCCAGGGCUGGGCUGUACGUGUUAUUGCAAAGCAUUAGGAAGAAAUUAGUGAAAUAUCACUUUAAAGCCUAACCUCAUCAACUGUGAAGCUAGUCAUGUUUGAUUUAAUGACAAUUGAAGCAGGUUGCUGCUGAUGAGUUUUUCUUAAAAUAAAUUCUUUGCUUUUCUGGAGGUAGCUCAAGAAGCACCUCUGACUUAUGCACAGUUUCUGUUCAGAAGGAGUGCAUUUGCAGGUUUUUUCAGACGUACUUUCAGUAUAAAUUGGGGGAGAGGAAGGCAUUUAAGUAUUUAAAUAAAACCAAAAUUGUCGGUGCUUUGGUAUCCUGUGGAGAAGAUAAGUCUGCAUACUAAAGGCAAUAGAGAAAUGACCGAGCUCAUAGAGAACUCUGUAUGUGCUUACCCUGUUGCUGGUCUUCUGGAGGGUUGGUUUGGUUUUUCAGCUUUCCUUUCCAUGUAAAGUGUUAAAAGCCCUUUAGCAGUCAGUAGCAUGUUUGUUGACAACCUGAAGGCACUUUCUUUGUCAUUCUACAACUGGCAUGUUCCUUGUCAUUUAAUAACUGGCGCGUUCCAGCACCUGUUCUAAAUAAUAAUUGUGAAUUCAUCCUGUUUUGCAUGUCUGUACAGGUUGCAGACGUGGGCUGGGCCCAAUCAAAAAAAAAAAAAAAAACAAAAAUGAAGCCACUGAAAUUACUGUUCUGUUGAUGUCUUUGACAUUUUUAAGAUAUUACAAGUUAAUGAAAAUGGUGUGGUAUUACAGAGAGAACUGUAAUUUGCUGCUUCUGAGAUUUUUUUUAAUUUCCAUGCUUUUUUUUAUUUUUGUUUUAGUUUUAUUUGAAAAGAACCACCACACUUUCAUUGUUGGUUUUAUUUGGCUUUCAUUUGUUUUUUAAUACUACGUAGCUGUAGAUAUCGUUGCAGUUUGUUGAAUUUCCACUUCAAUUUUGUAAUAUAUGUUUCAUACAAAUAAUGAAUUUUUCUUUUCUUUUUGUCUCAGUUUAGGGUAAGGUUCUCUCUGUCCAAAAUGAUGGGUGGGUAGCUCACCACCUAGCCGUGCAGCUGAUGGUGUGUGGGUUGGUUUUUAACCUGUGUUCUUGAGGGAAGCCAACUGGAAACUGCAUACAGAAGUUUUCAGUUUGCAUACACUAACCAAGUCUAGAUGCCCUGGUCUUUGGGAAAUUCUGGUUUCACUGUGUGCAGAUAUAACACAGAUUUCAUUAGGAACAGAUGCGCAACAGUACAUGAAAUCAGAAUUAGGCUCUGCGUAUAUUGAAGUCCCUGACUACUUGUUCUUAUGAUUCAGUAAGAAGGGUGCUCUUUUAAUGACAGGAAUGGGUACUAGCUGUCUGAUUAAAUCCUUGACUGUUUUAUUUGGAAAUAGUCUUUCUUUAUGAACUAGCCUUUUUAGCUCUCUAAUUCAUAACUGUGGUUAUUUGGUUUGUAGUAGCAUUUUAUCUGUGGGACUUCAAAGUUUAUUGCUUAUUACCUAAAAGAGAACUCUUAAAUGUUUCCUCUUCCUACUCUUUCACGGUAUUAAGACUUGCGAACCCACACUCGGGAGAAAUACAGUUGUUCUUAAUGCACUAUUUAGAGUACAGUGUUCUUAACUUCUGAGCUUUAUGAGGCAGAAUUCAAAAGUACAAGAUGUGCUGUUAGCUUUCCUGACCGCAGUACAGAGGUGGGGCCCCCCUGUCCACAUUCCUUCCUUCUCCAGCACCCCUCUCCCUGCAAAUGGACAUGCCCGUAGUCUAAGAACAACUUAAAAUAUUUGCAAGAGAAGAUUAAUUUAAGCAAUGCUUUGUCUGUUAGCUUUCCUACUGAUUUGCAUUAAUGUCUUAAGUGUCCUUGCUGUCAUUUCUAUAUGUGAUACAAUUUUUUUUUUCAGCAUGAGGAAGGCCAAAAAAUACACUAUCUUGACUUCUGAAGUUCUGGUGCCAAUUCCCCAGUAGCUAUAAAAUAGUUUAGGAUCCAUUUAGCUCCAUGUAACACUAGCAAUUUAAUUAGGAACCUGUUCCAGUAUUAGAAUUACUCCCAGUUAAACUUGACAAUUGUACUGCUGAAGUUACUGAAAGCCUGAUUCAAGCAGAAGCUCUGUCUCUCAAGGCUCUUGCAUCUGCCGUAGUUCAGUCCAUGAGGUCCAAGAUGUGUGUGUUUCCACCGAAUGGUCUAAUUUUGCUUUGUUUCAUUGGUCUGUAUACACUUGCUCAAUUCCCAGGAUUUAGUAAUAGGGUUCUAAAGUCUAAAUUAUCAACUGUACCAGGCUGUCCUGACUUGUCUUACUGUUUCAUUUGGGGCAGGAGUGAGAGGAAGGGAGGAAAGAGAUGAAUUACUGUCUUACAGCCACUGUGGUCACAUUUAUCUUUUUUUGUGUGUGUGAAUAUAAAUAUAUAAUUUCAUCAUCUGGGAGUGUCAUCCUCUCUCUCCCCUUUCCCCUAUUCCACCUCUGCAAGUUUUAACUGUCAAUAGCCACAUACACUACCAAAAUUCCUUUGCCUGCUGGAGAAAAGGAUGUUGAAAAAGAACAACGUAGGGCUGCAGCCUGAUAUCCCGGGUUCCUAUGUUUGAAGUUUUGAAAGUAUUGCUGUCGCUGCUACCAGUACUGUGACAGCAAGAGUUGUCACAGAAUUGCACAGAACUGAGGUUGUCAGGGACCUCUAGAGAUCAUCCAGUCUGACUGCCCUGUUUGAUGCAGGGUCAGCUAGAGCCGGCUGCCCCGGCCACCUCAAAGAGGAUUCACACUAAAAGCUUUUUCUUAAUGUUUCAAUGAAAUUCCCUCUAUUUCAUUGCCUAAUGUUCUUAUGUGUAGGGCACCAAAAAGAGCCUUGCCUGUCUUCUUUACCCCCCCCUCCGUCAGGUAUGUGUAUAUACUGACAAGGUGCCCUUGAGCUUUCCCUUCACCAGUCUAAACACUCCCAGUUCUCAGUCUCACACUGUAGGUAUCCUGUGUCUUUAUGGCUCUUUACUGGACCAGCUCCAGUAUGUCCAUGUCUCUUCUACUGGGCAGCCCAGCAGUGCUGGUUUGGUCUCCCCAGUGCUGAGCAGAGGAUCAGGGAUCGCCUCCCUUGACCAGGAUUCUGCUGGCAUUUGGCAUAGACAGAGACCGGGAGCAUGUAUUCUCUUGAUGCUUAUGCUGCUUUAUUGAAGCUAGUGGCAGUUUGUGUCUGCAUCAAAAAAGAGAGUAUAAACACCCACCAGUGUUGAAUACCUUUUUAAAACAAGACAGUUAUCUUUGAAAUAACCACUAUGGGGGGCGGGGGGGGGGGGGAUGUUGGGGUGUGUAUGUCAUUCUGUAAUACAGGUCCUGUGGUAAAAUAGCUAGAAAACAAGAAAUUUUUAGUAAUAAUGGGCCAAAACAAGUUUAAGAUAUGCAGUAAGAUGCAUGAAUUGUUGUACUGAGAGAGUCUUGCAGUACAUUUAAAGAAAAACAAUCCCUUCUGCUGUGCUACUCCAGUAACAAGCAAACUUUUUGGCCUGUGACACUUAAUUGUAGUUCAUGUUCAUGGGAAACUGUAAAAAGUCUUUUUAUUUAUCUCCGUCGUCUGUAUCACAUGCUGUUAAUUAAAAAUAUACUACUUGGGGUUUUUAUCACACUGUUGAGUGUUACUGUACAUAGUAAAAACUAAAUUAAAAUAAUAUGGUUGGUACACCUGUUCUGAAAUGAGAAUUUACGGCAGCUCGAGUUGCGGAGGUGUGGUUUGGUACUUUGGGCCUUCUUGGAAAGGCUUGAAGAAAGGAGAUAGAAAAUGCUCACAUCUGUUAAUUGAGGUGGGGAAAAUACUGAAAUUAGCCUUCUUUAUGGGUAUAGCUACAUGAGAGGUCAUAAUUGCACGUGGUGUUCACUCUUGCACACACUGAUACUCAGCAUAAGCAACCUAGUACAGAUGUCUCAAAGCUGUGAGAGGAGAGCAGGCAGCAUGAAGUGCCUCAGCGCAAUGGCGGCAAAGCCUCUCCUCAGUCAGUCUGCUUUGGUUUUGAAAACUGUGAGGAUAUUUCAUCACCAAAACUAUGCUUAAAAAUAAAAAUUAGGUUGUCUUCUUGUAUCUAGUGCUGACUUUAAAAAAUUGAGAAACAUAUUUUGGAAGUUAUUCAUUCGCAAGUAUGAGAAUGUGGGCCUGUAAUAGAACUGCAAAAGUUCUGUGGUAAAUGCUUUAUUUUAGCCUUCAACGUCUAACAAACUGUUACUGUGGGAGGGAUUUGAGUUCUCUUGCUGAGGAUUUGACUUCUGGGGAGGCACGAGGGAUGCAUCAAGAUGUAAUCAGGUCACCACUACGCAUCUUUGGUUCACUCAAUUAUUUCAAAGCACAGGUUAAGCUCUGAUAUGGAGAGGCCUUUGUCAGUAAAAGUGAAAGGCAACCUGAGAGAGCAUUUAUCUCCCAGAUUUCACCCGAUCCGUUCUCAGCAAAACCUGAUGUUGAAAGAGGAGGAUCUUCAUCGGUACUUACAUCUGUUCUGUACUCCUCACAUAUCCAAUAACUGACUGAGAUGACAGAGUAUAAAGAAGCGCUGUCUUUGAUCAGUUUUGUUGUUGUCCUCUGGGUGCAGACCUUAAGGGAUGCCCUGAAACCUAUACGCUCCACAGCUCCCUUGCUUUCUCUGUGAAACGUGGGUCAGGUCGGAGCCUUUCAGAAAGGAAAGGAGGAGUCCUCGUACAAAGAGCUAAGAUGCCUGGAUUUGUCACCCCUUGGCUGUAUGACAAGAUAUUCUAGCUCUGCAGCUUGCCAGGUCAAAGCUGAAGUGCCUCCCAUCCCAACAGCUGCCUGCUUCUGGCUGCCACAGGUGGGUAAAAGUUACCAUGUGCUAUGUGUUUAACUGAACACUUUACCCCAUUCUUAUUUCAGCUGAUUGAAAAGAGCAUCACCUGUGUUGCCUGUUUAAACCAGGAAGUUACUUCCAACUUCUACCUGGGCUUCCUUCUGUUCCCAAUUAGAGUGAGUUCUGAGUGAUUAAAAGCUGACCCUGAUCUGUCUGAAGAUCUCAGGAAUGUGGCAGAUUCAAAAGGGAGAUGAAUUUUCCUUCUAAAGCAUUGAUGAAACCUUUUGGAGCCUACAGCUUUGAACUGUAUCUAUGACUUCAAAGGGGAUCCUCCUCAGAUAUUUUGCUCUUUCACUGUCUUGCCUUUUUAGCUGUGUGGUUGUGCUGUGCCGUUCUUUGUGGAGGAGAAAUGAGUCAAAACAUGAAGAAGACACUGUGCUUUUAUGUUCUUGGGUUUUGUCUCGUUUGGGAUUGUUUUAUUUUGGAGGGGGGUUGGUUUGGGAUCGUUUUUUUGUCUUGGCACUUCACAGAUUUGUGUUACUGCCCUCCGCUGGGCACUAGGGAAAGUGUGUUUUUCAUUUUCCCAGUAUUUGCAUAGGAAACCUUGCCACGAACAGAAAUAUGCGGGCAUCCACCCAGCUGGAUGGCUGUAGCUAAUUUAUGGGGACUUCAUCCAAACCAGUCUUGGAGGAAACCCAGGUUCCUAUAGCUGGGGUAAGCAGUACAGAACAAACCCGAGAGAUGCUAAAAUCUUGUUCGAUUGCUAAAUCACAUCAACAGUAAUGAACUGCGUUAUUUUCUGAGCCCUCAGAAACGUGCCUUCAAAAGGACCACUGUGCUUGCAGUCGUGCUGCUUGCCUUCACAGUGUGCGACCGUAUGGUUAAAGUACGGUGAAAGCCCUUCCUGCAUGGCUGUAACUAAAUCAGCUGCCCCUCAAGCCCUGUUUGCUGACUUCCCAGACAAAGGCUGAAGGAUUAAGGUGUACUAAACGCUGUCCCUCCACAGAUGAAGGCCUCGCGCUGCUGCAUUUGCUGCAUGUGGGAGCAGUGCAGCUGUCAGCCUCCGAGCUGCUCUGCUUGCUGAUGCUGAAGAGUGUGGGACUUUGACUGUUCAAAAUGAAUGAGCAUCCUAAGAAGAGGAAGCGGAAGACACUACACCCUUCUCGAUAUUCAGAUUCUUCAGGUGCACCUAAAUACAUAGACAAUAGUGGGAUUUUUUCUGACCACUGCUACAGUGUCUGUUCUAUGAAACAACCAGACAUAAAGUAUUCUGAAAACAGAGGUAGAUACCACAGUCCAGUGCAGAGCAUAGACACAGAUGACGAUGGGAGUCCAGUGCAUGCUGGGACUUCCCAGUGGAGUGGGUCACAUUCAAACAUAGGGUUGCACUAUACAGACCCUAAAAAGAAGGAUAAAGAUAAAGCUGCUAAUAAUGGAACGUGCAAAGACGUAUGUGACUCACCUAUAUUCAGUGACAGCCCUACAGAAGAAGAAAAACCUCUUGAUAUUCAAACUGUAGAAAUUUCUACAACAGAAGUUAAUGCUGUAGAAGUCCACGAUAUAGAAACACAAACUGUGUCACCUGAGAAGCUAGAAGCUGAGGACCUAGAGGAGAUCCCUCUUGAAACCUGUAAAAUCUUUGAGAAGAACCAGGCUUUGAACAUCACAGCUCAGCAGAAAUGGCCUUUGCUGAGAGCCAACAGCAGCGGCCUGUACAAAUGUGAGCUCUGUGAGUUUAACAGCAAGUACUUCUCUGAUUUAAAACAGCACAUGAUCCUGAAGCAUAAGACAUGUGCGGACACUCACGUCUGUAAAGUUUGCAAAGAAAGUUUCUCCAGCAAAGUGCAGCUCAUUGAACAUGUGAAACUGCAUGAGGAGGACCCAUACAUCUGUAAAUACUGUGAUUACAAAACGGUGAUAUUUGAGAAUCUGAGUCAGCACAUAGCAGACACUCACUUCAAUGACCACCUUUAUUGGUGCGAGCAGUGUGAUAUGCAGUUCUCCUCCAGCAGCGAGUUGUACCUGCACUUCCAGGAGCACAGCUGUGACGAGCAGUAUUUGUGUCAAUUCUGUGAGCAUGAAACAAAUGAUCCAGAAGAUCUGCACAGCCACGUGGUGAAUGAACACGCGUGCCGACUGAUAGAGCUCAGUGACAGCUAUCAUAACAAGGAGCGUGGACAGUACAGUCUCAUAAACAAAAUCAGUUUUGACAAAUGCAAAAACUUCUUUGUAUGCCAAGUGUGUGGCUUUAGGAGCAGGCUGCAUACAAACGUCAACAGGCAUGUAGCUAUUGAACACACCAAAAUAUUCCCUCAUGUUUGUGAUGACUGUGGAAAGGGCUUUUCAGGUAUGUUGGAGUACUGCAAGCAUUUAAGCUCUCAUUUAUCUGAAGGGAUUUAUUUGUGUCAAUACUGUGAAUAUUCAACAGGACAGAUUGAAGACCUUAAAACCCAUUUGGAUUUCAGGCAUUCAACAGACUUGCCACAUAAGUGUACUGAUUGUUUAAUGAGAUUUGGAAAUGAAAAAGAUCUUCUAAGUCAUCUUCAGAUACAUGAGACAGCUUGAUUACUUUCUUUCCCUGCAAUAAGCUUGUUAGGAUUGGAAUUAAAAAUACAAUAUUAAAUACAGUUUUAACAGCACUUGUACAAUUCUAAUGUUUUUACAUCAACAAAGCAUGUAUAAUGA